UGGCUCGCACAGACUCGAGUUCGCCUUGGGCCGCGCCAUCCUUCCCAGCCUGCUUGCCGCUGGUCCAUGCGCUCAUCUGCAUGAAUCGGGCGGGGGCGGAUUCAGCGGCGAUGCUGAGCAGGCUGGUUGUGCCAUGGCGGCGGCUGGCUUCGCAGCGGGUGCCUGCCCCUGCGCGGCCUGGGGGGCGACGUCCACCGCGGUGGCCAGACACGGGCUUUUGCGAAGCUGGCCAGAGGCCCCUCGAGAGAGAGGCACUUGCCAGCAGACCCGCGAAGUGCUGCUGCCAGCAGCAGCGCUGGGCGCGGUCUGCGGCCUGGCGGCGGAGGCCUUCGAGAUCGGAGACCAGGUAGAGGUGAGCGACCGGAGCCACGAGGAGGGCGACUGGCUUCCAGGGGUCGUCGUAUCCAAAGGUCCUGUGUUGGUGCGGCCGGAGGGCUGGUCAGAGGCUCACGCCUGGGACCUGAUACGGCCAAAGACAUGCCCGCCCAGGGAGCCUGGUGGCAGGACCGGGCUGCUCACGAUGCUCAGCAUCUCGUGGCACCACCCGCAUUUGGUGCGGUCCAGCCGCAGCCGGUUCCUCGUCAGCGGCCCUCUGCUACGCAGCCCGCGCAGACUUCUCGCGAUACUCGCGGCAUCGCGGGCGGGUGCCCUGCGCGCCCUGGUGGAGGCCGUGCCCGAGAAGAUCUUGCACGAGCACUUGAAGGAAAUGCUCCGCCGCCUUCGCAGCUGGCAGCUGCGCGAUAUUGUGGCGCCGGUCAUCAACGCUACGGAAGUGCACACAACGUUAGUCCGCUUACUCAUUUCUGGACUCGCUUCACCGCGCUUCACCACCAUCGCCGUCCAGCAGGCUCCCCUCGAGAAUAUCAUGGCGCUUCUGGCGCUUCCGCCAGACGUGGUGUGUUCGGUCCUGGCCAGUGUCGCCCCCAAGAACGUGGAGGAGGUAGUGCUGCCAUUCUUGCGGAUGCCGCCGCACUCUCUCAAGGAGGCUGUGGUGCCCCUGCUGCGGGGUCUGCGUAAUCCAGAGCGCGUGGCCUGCCUGCUGCGUCACACUCGCACAGAGCCGCUGGUGGAGAUCUUGCCGCUGGUGGGUGCGGACCGCGUAGUGGAGCUGCUUAACACCAUGGGGGCUGAGGACGUCGGCCCCCAAAGCACGAUAGUGCAGGUGCUCCAGAUGUCCGAGGCGCACCCUGACAUCAUAGGAAGGGUGCUGGGCCCUCUGAUCACUCAAACCUCGCCUGAGAAGUGUGCGAUGCUCCUGCGCUAUGUCGAUUUUGGGAAGUUAAGACCGAUCCUACUCGGCGCCGACGUUUCCGAUAUGCUGGUGUUGCUCGAAGUUCUCGGCGCGAAGCAGGCGGCCGUCCUGAUGAACGGGCCGUUGCAGCUCCUCUCAGAGAGUCGCCGCCCCGAUGCUGUCGGCUGCGUCGGGGGUAUCGCGGACCACAUGAAGGGUUUGGCGUGCCAGGCGCGAUUGCUGAAUCCUCCUGAGAGCCAUCUUGACGGAGCUCCUGAGCCGCCCUGAAGUUUCUGAGCCAGUUCGCGGCAUCGCGGUCUUCCCGAGAGGGCAGCAGGGUGUAAAACAUAUCGUAUAGAGCCUUCCCCGCAUGCUGCCACCCCUGCCUCCUCAUCCACCGUCCUCCCAUUCAUCCUUUGUCACAACGAGUUGGGUCAGGAAAUGUGGUUCGAGUUCCCCCACGUAAUGUUCUCAGUGCACCUCUUCUGUAAACCUUCCGCAGAGUGCCAUUUGAACCGAUCCGGUUCAACAGGUUCGCAAUGAAUUGUGUACGAUGGCAGGUGAUUGCACACAGUUCGCCGAGCUACAUCGUCUCGGACGACCUCGAAUGCAGAAUGCGCGCACGUGGGAAGCAGGCGCAUGCAAAGGUUCGGAGGCGAUGUCGGGCAGACUCAUUUGCCGACCACGGAUCGAUGCCCAAGUUGCUGCCACUGGAGCCAGACACCACAUCCAGUUUGCGCGUAUGGGUGCGGUGUGCAGCGGCAACGCGCGCUUGCCGAACAACUUCGGACCACGGUCCAGCCUUGGUGAGAAGUGGUGGCACCCGAGAGGUCGGGGCAUGCAACUCUCAGCGAUCCCGCCAUGGCUCCCAGAAGCGGAUGGUCUGGCGAUUCUUUGUGGCCCCUGCGGCGCCCAUGGCUCCAGGGACUGUGCGGCGUGGCAUCCUCCAGCGACCCCUACAUAAUACCUCUCCCUUUCCUGGGUGCCACGAUUGCUACCAGCGCACGGUUACUGUGAGCUACCGGCGCCCUCCGACACAGACUUUCGGAAGGGUUCGCCCUCAUGGAGCCAAGUGCAUAAGCAUCAGCAGUUUCAUGCGCCUCGGAGUCGCCCCGCUACGGUUGCAUGCGUCCGUUGCGUUGUCCGGGUGUUGCCGAACGACUUAGGUGCAUCGGGUACGUCCGUAGGAAAAAAGUGUGUGUGUGCGUCUGCUUUGGCAUCGCAGAC